AUGACGAAGUCCACCGGCUGGGAUCCGGUCCUCAUCCUCUCCCAGAUCCUUGCCCUCCAGACCCUCCACUACCUCGCCCUCUCCCUCCUCGUCCCGCCCCUCCUCGUCAUCUUCGCCGAUCCCGCCUCGCUCGAGUAUGAAGGCGGUGCUGCCAAUGUCGGGAUGAUCCUUGACUGGCGCGAGAUGGCGGGCCGCCCGACGACCCGCGCGUUGCCCGGCGAAGGGCCCUGGAGCGCGUGGAACGCCGUCUGGAGCGGCGGCAGGCAGGUCGGGCUCGGGUCCGCGCAGCAGGGCGGCCUGCGCAGCGUCGAUCCCGUCCGAUGCUGGCUCAUCGUCGCGUGCUGGCUGGUGGCGUCAGUCGCAGACGUGUACUGCCUGUAUGCGCUCGUGCGGCGGCCGCGGCUGGUGCUCGACUUUGCGCUUACGCUGCUGUUCGUCCACCUGGUGCUGACGACGUACUACACGGCUGCGUUUCCGACGUCGGUCUUUUUCUGGCUCGUGGUCGGGGCCAGCACUGCGGGGACGGUCAUUUUCGCGGAGCAACUGUGCGUCAAGCGGGAGAUGGAUGAAGGCCUGGUUGUGACGGCGCCGACGGACAACGGAGAGGACAACGUGGAGAUGGGCCACCUGCUACGGCACGACUGA